AUGGAGGCUUUCCACACCUUCAAGCAAAAGCUUUUGUCGAUAUGCAACACGAUUGAGCGUCUCUGGGCACCUCGCUCAACGGAACUACGCGUGAUUCAACGGGAGCCACACAACGUGGAGGGCGUCCCGAAGGAAAUAUCAGCCGCACAAUGUCUUCAUUUUCUAAGGUUGCGCAUGGUCCUCAUUGACAAGUAUGCACGUUUGGCGAGCUGCAGCUGCCUUGUGGGGCAAUCUUCUCAAAACUCAAGCACGAUAUGUGACCCUAGUUUUUUCCAAAUGGAAUCCUUCGAUAAAUCCAUUUGGCAAUGCACCUUGUCAAUCCAAAAUCCGAUAGCCAGACGUUUUUGGUCUCGAAGUGUACGAACCGCGUGCAGUCGCCUAGCACCGUCAUAUCCAUUGUUAGUAAAAGUUCUCCAAAAAGACUGGCAUACGGUUUUACGGAAAAUUUCACAAGCACCCGCUCACAGCGAUAAAGAAGAACCGCAACAACUAUAUACAGGGAAGUUGAUCGUCAUCAAUGACUUCUUAAAAUGCUUUUUUUGUGGUGGGAAUCAAAUUGAAUUUCUAAGAGAGGAAGUUAUCGGUGCAGAAGAUGCCGACACUAGCCUCAACAUUUUCUACGACCUUUCAUGUCUUGUGUUUGGCAAACAUGGUGUGAAUGCCUUCCACAAGUGUCUGCCCGAGCUUUCAGACAUGGGGUUCAAUCUUUGUGAUUUGGCCUAUAUGAUCAUAGCGUGUGUGGCUGAGAACGGAAGUGAGGAUGUGGCGGGGUUCAUACAUCGAACAAACCUGGGUGCACUGUGUACCGUCAUGAACAUAUUUCCAGAAGAUGCGUUUAUUUCUGCCAUUGAGCGAGUACUGAUUUCUCUACAAGUGCGGAACACCGCACCAGAGUCCUCUCCACAGCGACUAGAAGUAUUACGAAAAACCGAAGGUGCACUUUUUGCAAUAUUAACGUGCUGUGUUGCUCGAGAGCAUAGCGAUCCUAAUCGAAAAUGUGCCAAACAUUCCACCUUCUGGUACCCAUCUAUUGCACAGCUUCUCCAGCUCUGGAUAAUGGCCUCUCAAAAUAUGCCUAAAGAGGACAAAGCUAAAGAAACCAAUACCUCCAAGUACUCAAUAGGGUCCUUUAGAGUUGGAUUGCGCAUGGCAUACUUACUCCCACGCACAAAACACCGACAAGCGGACACAUUUGAGACUUUUCUUCUCCACCAACACAUGCCCAUAGCAGAUGUUCAUCUAAUGGCAUCUCUCAUCGAUCGCAGCGAUGCUCCCGAAAUAGUGCGUAGAAGUCGUCUCUACACUCUAGUCAGUUUUUCACCGCUUAUCAGAUACAAAGCGCUCUUCAAGGAAGAGGCAACUUCAACGGCGGGGCUCGAGAGUUGCUUUGAGGUUAAAUAUCCAUGGAUAGAAAAUGAGACUUGGCAUCCGGAAGUCUUCCAAAAAUUACUUCUUGAACCUUUACAGAAAGAAUGGGGUCUUGUCGCUAGUGUGGAUGCCAAUGAGUUGGGAUUGAAAACUUCAGUUGAGCAAAGGUGGCGGUUGGUUCAUCAGUGCUGUGUGCUUAUGACAGCUGUGAAUUGUCUUCAGGAGAACAUCCUUCGCCCCUUUAAAGAAGCAACCCUCCCUUUUUGGAACGAGCAAGUGGUGCCGAAUGGUGGGGAACUUUUUGCUCUGACUGCUACAGCAAUCAAAUCCCCCACCUUUCAAACACCGCGGGACGCUUUCACUUUUUGGUUAAAAGGAAGUCGAUCCAAUCGAGAUUUUCUAUCCUCCGCGCUUGCGCUUUCACAGUUGACGAUGCACAUUUCCGACGCAGUGCUCACCCGCACAGAUGAAUCCAAAUGGGUUUCUUUGGUGAAGCACAUCUCGACAUGCCUUGCGGAAGAUGACGUGUUUGUCUUUCCCACAAUUCCAGCUAGUCUCCGUCUUCAGCUUAAGAUCUUAAUGCAAUGCCUGUGCGUGAACACUCAACUGCUGCAAUUUCGUUUGGAGCAGGCGAAUGCUUUUGUAAGCACGCUUUUUUUUUUGAUAGAUCUGGGAAGUAACCUGAUCGAGAUCCUCCCCGAUUCCAUGUCGAAGCGGAAACUCAUCGUCCCAUGGGUGGAACUUUUUGGCGACCCGGUGGAAUGUUUUACGCUUACGCCAACGACUCUGCUGAACGUCCCAACCUCAUCAUCCUCAGGGGAAACUUCCUUGGACGGAAAGCACAACGCGCGAAUUCCCGACCGCUAUGAUGCCCUGUAUUUUCACCACGGCGGCGGGUACCCCAUGUUUCUUCGCGCGCGCAGUACGUUUGCUCGUUCAUUCUUACUCCAUUGUAUCAUCCCGAACAGCGGUGAAGAAGGGAUUUUUGAGAACCCCCAACGGUGUGAUGAUAUUUGUCGACUUCUGCGGAAGUUGUGUACCGUAUUGGGGUUAAUCAACCACGUACCCGAGCUUCCUGAGCUUAUAUUUCUGGACUACCAAAUCAAAAAUAUUUUCCCAGGAGAGCAGAUCCAGCUGAGAUUACUCUACAUUGGCGAUAAAAUUAUGCUCUCGCGUGUGGCCGCGAGCAACGCGCGCGCGAUAAUCCGGUCUUGCAUUCAAUACUGGACAACGCAGGUAGACACAGCGAAAGUGCGAUAUGAGGCUAUAGCAGAGAAAUAUAGGCAACUAAACGCCGUCCUCACACCAAACUGUAAACGUUGGCUUCAAUCAGAGUGGGAUGAUAGUGAACUUGACUUCAGUAUCGAACACCACGACAUCCCUUUGGCCUACAUGGUCGGUGGGGAUGGAUGGGUCACGGUGGAUGAACAGAAGGAAAUCGAUGCUUCUGUGCACGACCGUCUCAUGUCUACUACGGGGAAUGAAUCUAGGAAUUCUCUAAUGGAGUUGAUUUUUCUUCUUGUUCAGCUGGCCAACGAAGGGAAAUCGGCCUUUUCCGAAGAAGGACAAGCUAUUAUGACAGAGCUACCCAAAAUCGUAGAGUUUUUACGUAGGAGUUUUCAAUAA